CCUUGGAGUACUUCGGCGCUGAUAACAAUGGCAGACACUAUCGACGUCAUCUUGGAUUACUUGAAGAGGCACCGGUUUACAAAAGCUGAGGCUGCUCUAAGAGGGGAACUCGUUGGUCGUCAGGAAUCAAAUGGUGAUCUGACACAUCCUUUUACUGAAGGUUUGAAUAACACAAAUCGAGACGAUGGUGCUUCAGAUAGAGGUGCAUAUGCUUUUGAGCCUAGCCGGUCAGAAAAGCUUGCAAAUCAGGCAUCUGGAACUGGAAGCCUACCAGGCAGUGAUUCAUCUGCAGAGCUUAUAGUUAAGGAGGUCGAAUGUGGGAAUGUUAGAAAUAGUUCUGGGAGGACGUGGGAAAACAGCUCUGCUGUUGCAGAGACGAGCUUGAGCUUGUCUGAGAGGCGUAUGGUGAAUGAGUCCGCUGGAACUAGUGAGAAGAGCUUCGAUUUCCAGCAAGGAUCAACAAACCUGCAAAGCUUCAGCAUGCCAAGCCUGUCUGCAGAUCUUUAUCCGUGGACUCUUGGCAUGAAAACUGAUGCAAACUUGAAAAAUUCUGCCACUAUUAUGGAAAAAAUUUCCGAUCUUCGAUUAUCUGGAGAUUCUGGACACCCUGAGCAUCAUAGUGUUUAUAGCUUGAGUAAAAGUAAUUCUGUGAAAAGUGUGAAGACUGUUGGAGAUAGCUCUGGGUGGUGUCAGAAGAACAGCAGCGUCAUAAGUGAGUCUAGAACUCUUGGCUCGAAAAACGGUUCUAGGGACACUGAUGUCUCAGAAGCAAUGCCAUCAUGGUCUGGGUUUGGAGGUAAUGCAGCUGAAGAAAAGCACCAGAGGGUCCAAGGGAGGGAGCAUAAUGAUGACAACAAAACUAGCAAGCCAUUGGAUACUAUUCCCUUGGAAAUAUCUUCAGAUGGGAGCAAACAUGGUGGUCUGUAUCUAAAAGAUCAAAUGCGAGAGUAUGCAUGGACAAAAGAUUGUGGAACAUCAUGCCCUCCUGCAGAUGCAUGGAAGGAAUGCUCCAUUAAGACAGUGUUUCCAUUCCCCAUGGCUGAAGCAACAUCUGCAUACAGAAAUGUUACCGGUACAACCUCUGGGCGCUCUGAUGGUGGUGGCAAAGAAGGGAAAAGGGGUGGUGAAGGAGCAGAAUUAUUAUCUUCAAACAGUACCCAUGCGACUCAAACUUCUUUCGUAGGUAUAUCUAAAGCCACUUUCGAACAUACAAACACUGGAAACAGGGGUGUCACUAUCAAUAAUGAAAAUCACAAGGAAGAACUGCCGAGAUUGCCACCUGUCAAACUAAAGUCAGAAGAGAAGUCCGGAAACAUUCAUUGGGAGGACAAGGGUGGCCACUAUGGACUAGCACCAAAACCGUCGAACUUGGAUAAUGCAUUUUUAAUAGGAUCCUUUCUGGAUGUUCCUGUUGGACAAGACAUUAAUUCUUCAGGUGGAAGGAAGACAGCUGGAAGUAGUUGGCUGUCAGUAAGUCAAGGAAUUGCAGAGGAUACAUCAGAUUUUGUUUCUGGGUUUGCUACAGCUGGUGAUGGACUGAGUGAAUCUAUUGACUACCCAAACGAGUAUUGGGAUUCUGAUGAAUAUGAAGAUGAUGAUGACGUUGGGUACAUGAGGCAGCCUAUUGAAGACGAGUCUUGGUUUCUGGCACAUGAAAUUGACUAUCCUAGUGAUAAUGAGAAGGGAACUGUGCGUGGCAGUGCUCCUGAUCAUCAGGAAAGGUCCCAACCAAAAGAUGAUGAUGAUCAAUCUUUUGCAGAAGAGGAUUCUUAUUUUUCAGGGGAGCAGUAUAUUCAGGCCAAGAACAUUGAGCAGGUUGCCGUGCCUGAGGAUCCAGUAGUAUCCAUGACUGAAAUGUACGGAAGAACUGAUGAAAAUGAUCUCAUUGCUCAAUAUGAUGGGCAGUUGAUGGAUGAAGAAGAGCUAAAUCUGAUGCGAGCAGAGCCUGUUUGGCAGGGGUUUGUCACCCAAACAAGCGAACUUAUUAUGCUGGGUAAUGACAGGGGCCUGAAAGAGCAUGGUCACCAUCGACAUGAAGACCCAUGCAUUGAUGAGGACCAACAUGGUUCGGUCAGGUCUAUAGGUGUAGGGAUUAACAGUGAUGUGGCUGAUUUCGGCAGUGAAGUACGGGAAAGUUUGAUUGGAGAGAGCAGCGAAGGAGACUUGGAAUAUUUCCCUGACCAGGACACAAGUGUUUCUGAAUCGAAAAAGGCACACCAUCAAAAGGUGAAAAUAUCUUGUAAGAGAGUAGGAAUAGAUAAAGCAAGGGCAUAUAAGUCCAUGUCAGGUAAAAGCAUCAUUGGGCCUGACAGUGAUGGUUGUGCUCUUGGAAUGGACUAUGAUGGUGGAUUUUCAUUUCCAUCUCCUUUGAGGGCUGAGGAAGUGAUGAAGUCAGAGACUGAUAAGGCUUUCUGGUCAGUGAAAGGUGAUGGGCUUACUGCUGAGGACGACACCGAUGAUGGUGCUGGCCUGAUUGAGGCAGAAGACAUGCUGGCUUCAUGGAGGAGAAAAAGUACUGAGUCCUCACCUGCUAAGAGCUCAAGGGAUGAAGGCAUCACUAACACAAGAAGAUCACAGUCCUCAUCAUCUGCAGUUUCAAAUUCAUAUUAUGGUUAUGGAGAUAGAGAGCAGAUCAACAAUGCGCAGGAUGAGAAAGUAAGUGAUACCAGGGAAGAAGAUGCAGUGACAACCCUGGAAGAUGAAGAGGCGGCUGCUGUGCAAGAGCAAGUACGGCAGAUAAAAGCUCAGGAGGAGGAAUUUGAAACCUUCAAUCUCAAGAUUGUCCACAGAAAAAAUAGGACGGGUUUUGAGGAAGACAAGAAUUUCCAUGUUGUCCUGAACUCCGUGAUUGCUGGGCGUUAUCAUGUUACUGAGUAUUUAGGCUCUGCUGCAUUUAGCAAAGCUAUUCAAGCACAUGAUUUGCACACUGGCAUGGAUGUAUGUGUCAAGAUAAUCAAGAACAAUAAAGAUUUUUUUGACCAGAGUCUUGAUGAAAUAAAGCUCCUUAAAUUUGUCAACAAGCAUGAUCCUGGUGACAAAUAUCAUAUUCUUCGGCUCUAUGAUUACUUUUACUACCGAGAACAUUUGCUGAUUGUGUGUGAGCUUCUGAAGGCAAACCUGUAUGAAUUUCACAAAUUCAACAGAGAAUCUGGAGGAGAGGUGUACUUUACAAUGCCAAGAUUGCAGUCUAUUACUAUCCAGUGUCUGGAGGCUCUUCAAUUCUUGCACAGUCUUGGUCUUAUCCAUUGUGAUCUGAAGCCGGAGAACAUUUUAGUUAAAAGUUACAGUAGAUGUGAAGUUAAGGUUAUUGACCUUGGGAGUAGCUGCUUCGAAACAGAUCAUCUUUGCUCCUAUGUUCAGUCUCGAUCUUAUCGGGCACCAGAGGUUAUCUUGGGCCUUUCUUAUGAUAAGAAAAUUGAUAUUUGGUCUCUUGGUUGUAUCUUAGCAGAACUUUGCACUGGAAAUGUUCUCUUCCAAAAUGAUUCACCAGCAACUCUACUUGCCCGAGUCAUUGGUAUCAUCGGGCCAAUUGACCAAGACAUGCUUGCACAGGGACGUGAUACAUACAAGUACUUUACAAAAAACCACAUGCUGUAUGAGCGUAAUCAGGAUACAAACAAAUUAGAGUACUUGAUUCCGAAGAAGUCAUCAUUACGACAUCGGUUACCUAUGGGGGAUCAGGGAUUUAUAGAUUUCGUUGCUCAUCUACUUGAAGUAAACCCGAAGAAGCGGCCCACAGCAAGCAAAGCUCUUAAGCAUCCAUGGCUAUCAUUUCCUUAUGAGCCAAUUUCAUCUUGAUACAUCUAUCAGUUUUGAUGAUCAUGGGAUGUUGAAUCAGAUGGUGUUCUUCAGACCUACUGCUAAAUUCUGUUCCUAGGCUCGGUUCUUUUGGGAGCAUGACCAUCCCAAACCCGCAAAAGUUCGAACUCCACUCUUGACAGUUGAUUUGUACAUUAGAUGCUGACCUCGCCAGCCGUUGUUCCAACAAGGCAUGAAGCGUUUGCCUGUGCGGCUACUGGAACGGAUCUCAGUAACGGGAAGAUUGUUGUAUCCUUACUUGUAACUUGGGUUGUAAUUUUUCACGCCCCUGUUGUUCCUGAAUUCUUUCUUUGUUGGCAGACCACUUUGUGCAUAUGCUGUGAUCUUUCUGUUUCCUUUUCUUCUGUCCCAGCGUCGUAUAACAGAUGAUGCUUUGGCUGGCUGCUUGCUAUGUCACUUGUCCUUUCCAUAUUGAUGAUGCUGAUUGUGCUAGUAGUUCGUCAUGCAUCUCUGUGAUUUUUGAUAUUAUUCUGAAUGACAGAAUUCUGAUUCCAAGCA